AUGGCCAUUUGGGGAGUUGUUCGUCUUGUUUUUACCCUUUAUGUGAUUAUUUCUCCAUCAAGAUUUGAAGUGGCAACAAGCAGUAGACAAGACCCUGAUAAAUGGCCUCCAGAGGCAGCUGUAGACGGUAAUGUCCAAAACAAUGACGUAGAUUUUUGCGCUCAUACACGUGUUAAAAAUGCAACAAAGGCCUGGUGGAGAGUUGACUUAGGACACAAAACAACGAUCAUCAACAUCACAAUAUAUUAUAGGGGUAAGUCAAUAACCUCUACGUCAGUCAAGUCACAACUUCACAAUAUAUUAUUGGGAGAAUUUGCUGGUUACCAGAUCUAUGUGUCAAACUCAACUAAGAGGAGUCGAGCCAAACUCUGUUUCAAAGACACCAGCACAAGUCUUGAAGAAGUAAAGAAUAUUAUAUCACAUCAAUGCCAAUAUGUGGCCAGGUAUGUGAUGAUUUACAACUUCAGGAAUGAAGAAAAAGACCAUUCAUGGUAUUCAAAGUCUGCUGUUUUGGAACUUUGUGAGGUCCAAGUGUUUGCAUGCGUUCCAGGGAAACAUGGAGAUGUAUGCGAGAAUGACUGCUCUUAUAAUUGUAAGGACAAAACCUGUAUACAGGAGAACGGCAACUGUGUUGGAUGUGUUCGUGGAAAACAAGGUUUACAAUGUACUAAGAAUUGUUCAAUUAACUGUACAGAAUGUAAGCAAGACGACGGAAUAUGCACUGGUAAAAUCAUGCCUUCCACAAUCAAUGUGUUCCUGGAAAACACGGGAUUAUCUGUGAGCUGGAGUGCUCUGAAAAUUGCCACAACGCCAUAUGUUAUAAAACAACGGGCCUUUGUCGAGGUCGGUGGAUUUUACUGUUUAGAGAUACCAUUUGUAAUGAGAGAAAGGAAAAGUCUUUUGGAUCUUUGA